AUGGAGACUAGCUCAUCUGCCACAACUGUCGAAAAUACUUCAGAAUCUAGUAUUUCAUCUCCAUUAAAUCUUGACGAAGAGCAAAAUCUCUACAAUUCUUUCAAGCAGAUAAUUCAAGACACAGAGUCUGCUAAUACAGUGAAGGAAGUAUUGAGUACCAAGGCGGCAGAGGGAAAAAUUAUUCUAAAUUACUAUAAGGAUAACUGCGAUUUGCUUCCCUGCCACCGCAAUUCACUUGCGAAAAUUAUCAUCCACAAUGAAUUUGAAGUCUUUGAAAAGGUAUCAGAAUUGACCAAAGGAUCCCAGAAGUUCACGAUCACCACUCAAAGAUUUAAGGAACUGGUAUCACAGUUACUGGAAAUUUUUCCAACUGAGAAGGGUCUUCUGUACUACGGCCCAUACGACAGUACUACGAAACAAAACGCAUCUGGAAAACUUUGGGAAAGUUUUUGUUAUCUAAAAAAGAAGCUUAAAGCAUCCAGGAAUUCCAGUUCCUUUAUCCCGCUAAAGACGAUUCAAGAAGAUAUAAAACUCGAUUUGGACUUUCUUCAGAAGAAUUUCGAGCCAUUGGAUGAAAUUAAAGCUGCUUGGCUGAGAACUGUAGAGACUAGAAAAGACGAAAGUCUUGAAAUACAUGAGUAUUUCAAAAAAUAUCCAGUGGUUACCGGAAAGAUUGGCCCAGAACUCAUCAACAUUGAUUUCCAAAGUCUUUAUCCUGGAAAAGACGAGGCAUUCGAAAAUAAUUGGGAAGGAGUAAAUAGCAAGCUUAUUGCUCUUGCAAAUAAGAAAGAAGAUCCUAAUGGGAUUCUAAGCGAUCUACUGAAGGGAUGUUUUAUGGAAUUGACAGGAGUCCUUUUGUUGCCUCAUCUCCUUCCAUGCGUAUUUCAUAAUCAAGCCACCAGGGUUGUGACAGGGGUUAAGCGUAAAAAACUACAACCACAACAAAUGCUUGAUGGCUUCAUGGUUCUUGUAGAGAACCAUUGUAAUGUAAAGGAUACCCUCACGGAGCUUAAAAAGAAAGCUGCAAAGAAAAAGACGACACUUCAGCCAAUUAUUGUGAUAGUUGGGGAAUCUUUCAGGCCAGAAGACGUCAAAAGCUGCCACGUGUUUGUAAAUGACGUUAUGUUUGACUACAAAGACUCGAUGGCGGCUAUCAAGGGGUGCCUAAAAGCGCAUAUGGUUUUCAAUGCGAAAUAUAACAACGACGCCGCACCUCUUUGGACUUUCAUUCAACAUGCUGCAUUCGAGAUAUUCCUACCAAACGAUAAGAGAUUCACAACAGUAGAGGAAUUGAUCAGCGCGACUAAGUAAACGAAACUGCAGGAAAAUGCAAUUAAAGUGUUCAAUUUGUAAGUUCUCCACAAAUUCUUUGGACUUUUUAUUAAGCCACAUUUCAUUUUUUCAUAAAUAUAGUAAAUCCAUUCAAUGCACUAUUUGUGGUAAAACUUUAAAUAACAGCGUCUCAUUUCGAAAACAUAUAAGAAAACUUCACAAAAUACAACAGUUAAGGCAGAUUGAUAAUAUUGAGAAAGAAUGUGAUGUUAAUUCAGAUGAACACACAGCUUUGCCAUCAAAAU